CUAAAUUCUCUGUCCUUUUUUUUAAGCAGCAUCAACAAGGACAAGGAGUAUUAAUAUAAUAUAAUUAUUAUACGUGUAAAACAAAGUAUUAUUGACAUAAAAUUUAAUAUGUCGGCGUCAAAAAUUGAAGUUGAAUACUGUGGAACUUGCGGCCACAAGCAACAGUUCGAUGAGCUAGCAGAAAAAGUGAAAGAGAAAAUGCCAUGGGCCGAAUUAUCAGGAAAAGAAGGCAGGAGAGGAUCGUUUGAAGUGACAAUUAACGAAACACUGGUCCAUUCAAAACUGCAAACAUUGGCAUUUCCCGAUUAUGAUGAUGUCGUCGAAGCUGCAAAAGAGGCUGAACAAGGAAAACCAGUGAGGACAAAAUUGAAGCAGCAGGUUAUCACUAACUGUAGCAUCUCUUGAAUCUAAUACUGGUCCCCAUUUUGUAAAUAUUGUAGGGUAAAAUUUUUUUAACAAUAAUUAAGGAUGUGAUAAAUUGCGAGUUGGAUAGAUUUAUUACGGCGCAAACCCAAUACAAAAUAAAAUGCAAAAAAACUUGAUGAUUUAAGAAAUAUUGUAG